GUCAUCUGUUAUCUGAGUCAAAUCAAAACAAUAAAUAUGAUCUUAAUAAUGAUUAUAUCUUAAAUACUCCUGUUAAGCUACAAUGAAAUAUAAAAAUUAGAAGGUCAUUUAUAUGGAAUGCUAAAGAUGUGGGUGUUUGGCUACGGGUCUUUAGUAUGGAAGGUUGAAUUUCCAUAUGAAGUAAAACUUGUAGGUUAUAUUAAAGGAUACCUAAGAAGAUUUUACCAGCAUAGUACCGACCAUAGGGGUAUCCCAGCGAAGCCAGGGAGAGUAGUAACUUUAAUAGCCAGUGAUGACCCUAACAGUUCAGUCUGGGGUGUGGCUUAUAAAAUUAGACCAGAAGAUGUAGACACAGUGACCAAGUAUUUGGACUUCAGAGAAAAGAAUGGCUAUAGUCAGAAAACAGUUACAUUCCACCCGAAAGAUAAAACAUAUGAUCCCUUUGACUUGACAUUGUACAUUGCUACAGAGGAUAAUGAAUCGUUUGCAGGUCCGGCGUCCAUACAAGACAUAGCAAAACAAGUAGCUGUCAGUGAAGGGCCUAGUGGGCCCAAUAAGGAAUAUGUGUACAAGCUAGCAGCAGCCAUGAGGCUCUUAGCACCCGACGUUGAUGAUGACCACCUCUUCUCGCUAGAAAAGGAGGUGAGAAAAUUAGACACUCAAUCAAAAUGAAACAUGUGAUACUUAGAAAAAUUUAAUAGUUUAUCAAUGUUUUAAAUAAAAUAUAUUUCUUUUAAAUUCAUGUGUCAUUUAUUAUAAAUAAAGUCUAAAAACAUUUGUUUUCGAAAUACGGUAGCAGAAAAUGUUACGUAAAAUUCAACGUAAAAUAACCCAUUUAUAAUUCGGAAUUGUUCGUACACAUUCUGUAGACGUAGGGCGUAUUCCUCGUGUUUAAGACGAUACAGGAGCAAAAAUGCUAAAAUGGAAAGGAGCCCCCCUUUCAAUUUGGGAAUUUUAGUUAAAUAUAGUAAUGUUAUUAA